AUGGCGGAACAACAACCCCAAGGCGGCGCUCCUCCUCAGGCCGAUGGCCAGCAAGACUUGCUGGACAAGGGUAUCGAGUUCCUCGAGAACAAAUCCGGCCAUCUACAGAGCAAGGAUACUACCGAGAAGAUCAGCGACGGCAUUCGCAACGUCUUCAAGAAGGUCACUGGCAAGGACAUCCCUAUCCAGGACAAGCAGUAA